UUGGAUCUUUGAGUCAAUUCGUGAAUUGUUUGAACGUGUUCUUCAUUUGUUCUUCUAGUGGUAAAACGUAAACAAAAUGGCAACUGUUUAUUUUGUUCAGUCCGAAGUUGAGAUGACAUGGCAGAGUAUGAAGUAAAUAAAUGUCGUCCAACCAAUGACGGAGGAGAAAUCAGCUUUGUCAGUAGCUGCCCCACACUUGACAUAAACUAACCUCAGCUCAACACAAUGAGCUCACCAGCUUUAGCCAAAGCUGCUCGGGGCAGGGGGCGCGGGCAGGGAGGUGCCCCCCAAAGGACCAACACCAUGCCGUCUAACAUGAUGACUGUUUUAUCUCGCAUCAAGGUGGACAUUCCGUUAAACUCUGGCCGUGGCAGCAAGUGGGGCCGCCGACGUCCCGGCUCGUCCAGGUACAGCUUCAUGUCAAGUACGUCACAGGACUCAGGCACGGCCAAGCCAGGGUAUGUAGACCUGGAAGAAGAAUUUCUCCAUGCCGCCGAGUUUGGUGACAUACCAAACGUGAAGAGGAUCCUAAACGAUUGUGUUGAUCUAAACAUCGACUGCAUAGACGCGCUCGGUAGGACUGCCUUAAGGCUUGCUGUCAAAAAUGAACAUCUGGAGGUGGUGGAGGUGUUGCUGGAGAAGUCCAACCAGCACCACAUCUAUGAGGCUGUGCUACAGGCUAUCAGUGCUGGACAUACUCAGAUCGCUGAGACCAUUCUCAAACAUAGACGCUACCUGGAGAUGUGGAAGGAGCGCCGGAAGUUGGGAGACACAGAUGGCUUUUACAAGACAGCGUUUCCCGACUCGCAGUUUUCUCCUGACAUAACCCCCCUCAUCUUGUCCUCACAAAAAAACCAGUACGAGAUCGUGCAGCUCUUGCUGCUGAGAGGGGAGACAAUCACCAAGCCACACAAGUUUAGCUGUGGCUGUCAGGAAUGUCGAAACCGCAUGAAGUUUGACCAGCUCCGCCUAGCCAAAUAUCGCCUGAAUGCCUACAGAGGUCUGGCCAGUGAGGCCUACAUCUCCUUGUCCAGUAAAGAUCCGAUUCUUACAGCUUUUGAGCUGGCAGCUGAGCUGAGGAGGUUGUCAAGGGUCGAGAAACAUUUUAAGCGUGAGUACCGUGACCUAGCAGACCAGCUGAGUGAUUAUGUGGUCAAACUUCUGGACAGAAUUAGAACACAAAAAGAACUGGAACUUGUCUUAAACAAGACGGGGAAACCACAUCAAGAAAAGUUUGAGAGUUUGGCCAGAUUUAAACUGGCCCUCAAGUAUAAGGAGAAAAAGUUCAUCGCUCACCCCAGCUGCCAGCAACGUGUGGUCAGGCUUUGGUACAACGGGAUGGGCAAGUUGGAGCGUGCUGGAUGGCCCAAGCGACUGACCAUGAUCUCAUUGUUUUCUUGUGCCUACCCAUUUCUGGUUUUUCUACACAUUAUCUGUCCCGAUUGCAAGCCUGCCAAAGUCCUGCAGUUCCCUGUGGUCAAGUUCUUAUGCAAUGCGAUGUCUUUUAUGGCUUUUCUUCUACUCAUUGUUGUUUCUACCAUCGAAUCUUCCCAGAGUGUCAGUAAAUAUAGGACAUUACGUUCAGAAUAUAAAGAUCACUGGGAAGUGUAUCGCCAGUACCAGGAGGAAUACAACGACACCGUGUACGGUCCGGACUUCCCCCUGCGGCCUAGUUUCCCCAGCAUCACUGAGAUGCUGAUGAGCUUAUGGAUCAUCGGCAUGUUGUGUCAGGAAUGUAACCAGCUGUUUCACAAUGGUCUGAUGGAACACAUGCUGGACCUUUAUAACUUGCUGGACGUCGUUCUCAUUGGGAUGUAUAUAGCCACUUUCUCCCUCAGAUACUGGAUCAUGUAUAAGUUCCACACGUCUUUGGACUUUAUCGGAGACGCGAGAAACAUCAAAGAUGAAAUGGGAAUGUUUAAAAGCUUGUACUGGCUAAAUGCAG